AUUGAAUUUUACUUUAUCUGUGGGCGCCUCCAUUGGAGAAAAUGGCGGUUGUUGUAUAGUAAAAAUGGUUAAUCAAAUGAUCAUGUUUCUUUGACCACAUUUCUACAGCCUCGCUAUUUAGAAUACCAUAAAGUAUUUAUUUAUCAUUUCUAGGCAAAAUCAGUUUCUCUGAUACGCUAAUAGUUGCUUGUGACGGAGUUAUAGUUCAACGCCAUAACGCGGUUUUCGGCGGCGUUUUGUUAGUGAAUAAUAUUGAUAAGUGAACAAAUGUGUAGUUACUCGUGUAGUAAACAUGCCUUAAUUAUAUUUAGAGACACUGGUGUGAAUGUUCUUCAAUAACACUUUAAGAACCCCAGUGAUUUGUCAGUAAAAGUAAUGAACUUAGUUUACAAUGGGUGAAACGGAAGAAUUUAAUACGCUAACCUUUGAGAAGAAGCUUUUGCAGUUGAAAGACACUCAGGAGAGCAUCCAAGGGUUGUCAUCAUGGUGCUUGAAGCAAAGAGCGCACCACAAGAAGAUAGUGGCAAGCUGGUUGAAUGUGCUGAAGCGAGUGAAGGUGGAACAGAGACUCACGCUAUUCUAUCUGGCGAACGAUGUGAUCCAGUACAGCAAGAGGAAAAACUACGAGUUCGUGGAAAGCUGGGGCCUCAAUUUGCAGAAAGCUACUCCGCUUGUGAGAGAAGAGAAAGUUCGCCAAAAGAUUCUUCGGAUAUUUAAAAUCUGGGAGCAGAGAUCUGUGUACGAUGAUGAGUUUCUCUCGGACCUGACCGGGCUGUUGAGUGCUGGCGCUGUUAAAAAGACUGAUGAUGAGGCUUUGGACUUUCAACCUCAACAACUAGUAAAUAAAAUAAAGCAAUGCGCAGUAUUGGAGGCAGACACAGACCUGAGGUUGAAAUAUAUCCAUGAGAGCCAUCUGCAACUGUCCGAUGCUGAUGCCUUAUGUGCUAAUCUUAAGGAAACUAUAUCAGAAGAUAAAAGUAAUAAAGAGGAUGUGGAAAAGGAGCUAAAUGAGGGCAUAGGAUGCGUGGAGAGGUACACCCAGGCCCUACAGAGGGAGAUAGUUGCCCGGGAAGCCUUAUUGGCACUCCUGUCGUCUGCUAAUCAGUACUAUUCUACUCAGAGAGGUGAAGUCAAAGUGGUUGCUUAUGCGUACAAGAAUUUCGGAGCCCGCGUGCGAGCCCUAAAACGGAAGCUGGACGAGCUAAUACCAACCCUACCUAGCGCCGCCCCUUCCCCCCCGCAGAGAGACGAGGACGUACCCUCACCUGGGCCUGAUGAAGAUCUGGAUCUGCCCAACGCGGGCGACGAGGAUAUUGAUGUGUCCUACAACAUCGACAAGACAUUCAACACGUCGCUGUCAGCGGACGGCUCACUGUACAACAUGGGUCUGUCGUCGUUCCUCAACUCUGACAACGCGCUCGCGUUGUUCAACGAGAGUCCUCCUAGCGCGCCCAACGUCAAUAGUGCCAAUAAAAUCGAAGUGAUAAAUUCGCGGCCGAGCGAGAACCAAGACUUCAAUAUCAACGAUUUCCUGAAAACGUUGGUACCUAGUGAGAAUGCCGCUAAUUCAGAUAACAAUUCAGUAGCGAGCGGCACGAUGUCUCAAAAGUCUCAGGACGCGUUGCCGGGCUUAGACCUACUGUCGGACGGCGGCAACCCGCCACCACCAACCUCCUUCUAUGGCAGCAUACCUAACAAUAUUGUUUCAGAAGAGCCCGAACCUUACCGGCCCGAGGCGCCGCAAUGGAAUAACAACUCAUGGAACAUGGUUCCGGCGCCUGUCCCCGUGCCAGUGCCGGUGCCGGCUCCGCUGCCCGUGCCGCUGCCGCUGCCGCUGCCGCUGCCGGCGGGCGCGCGCGCGCUGCCGGCGCCGCCGCCGCCGCCGCGCGCCUUCGCCGAGGCGCCCGAGUCCCCGCCGCACGCGCCCGUGCUCAUACCCGAGAACCCGGUGUAUCCUAGGCCGGCGCCGGUGCCCGCGCCGCCGUGCGUGCUGGUGGACCUGUGCGAGUCGCCGCCGCACGAGCCCGUCAUUAUACCGGAGAACCCCGUCUAUCCGAGGAAUAUCCCCCAAGUCAAAGACAUUCCCCCCGCGGACGUGGACCACCGAGGCAUCCUCCCUCCGCCACCGCCACCACCGGCUCUACCUAUUAUGGGUCACAUGGAAGAUGUAGACCACAGGCUACUUCCCCUGCCGCCGCCUCCCAUGCCCGUCACGACCACGCCGAGCCGGCACCCGGUGCAACAAGACGCAGAUUAUAUACCGUUUGCCGGUGAGAUCGACUUGAAAGACUUUUUUAUGGACGUGGACCACCGGAACCUGAUCUCGCUCACGCACCAGGCGCCGCGCGCGGCUGCGCCCCGCCAGGUGGCGCCACCUAUCAACUUAGAUCAAGACUACAGAGUGCCGCCGAUGGUGCCCCCGACGGACAUCGUGGAGAGCGUCGACAUGGAUCUGUCCGAGGACGAGGACCAGCAAGGCAUGUUCCCCAGCCAACCCGUGAACGACCGCCGCAACAGCUUCAACAACAACAAAGUGCUCGUCGGCGGCGACAACGGCAAGCAACACAACCUGGUGCGCAUCAACAGCUCCUCCAGCGACCGCGACCCCCGCGCCCCCAGCCCGCCAGGGCCCCGCCCCCCGCACUCCGCGCCCGCGCGCCCCCUGCAGAACCCCUUCGACAACAUGCCGCCGGACCUCAAAUACAACAUGCCCUUCCAAAAGUACCCGCAGGACUACGACGACAGGAACGCGGACUACGACAACAGAAACACGGACUAUGACGACCGAAACACGGAGGAGGGCGACGCGUACGAGGAGGACCUCCGGAGCCGGGGCCUCGAGAACCCCAACAUGAGGAACCCCUCCCCGCCCUACGAGGAGUUCAGGGAGGAGUGGAACGGGCCCAGGUUCCCCAACAACAGGUACCCCCGGAACUGGACCCCUCGAGACAUGAGGCCGAGGUUCAGUCCGCAGCAGUUCCGCGCGAGGCCGCCGAGCCGGUGGCCGGGCCCGCGGCCGCCGAGGUUCUGGUGAUAGUGCCGCACCGCGUGGUAGACGUUCCUUAAACUUUUGGCGCGAGUUUUAGCCGCGUUUUUGACGGUUGCGAGUAAAACGUUUGUGAGAUGUUUAAGUAUUGAGCGAAAUGAUCUAUAUAUUUUGAAUCAGUGAAAACCGGUGUUAUUGUUGUGUAUUUAAAAUUACAAUGCGAUGGUUGUCAAAGAAAUUUAAUUCGCCUUGCGCCGAAUGCGGCCUUAUUAGGCUGCUAUGUCAUAUUUUAAUUGAGAUUAGUUGCUGACGUUACAAAACGGUCAAAACGUAUCCUCCCAAAGUCAAAAAAAAUCUACAAGU